GGCUAGGUGUCAGCUAUUGCGCGGGAAAGGGGGUGGUAGGAGUGGUGGUUUAGUUGAAGAGAAGGGGUUAGUUAGUUAAUUUAGUAUAACCAAGGUUAAUUAACCAUAAAUCAAUAACAGUUAACUAUAAAAUUAAAUUAAAAAACACUAUACUUAAUUAUGUAACACCAUAGUGCCACUUAAGAGAGUUGGAAAAAGUUUGUCAUUCAAAAAGAAUAAUUGAAUUCUUACCAUGUAGAUUUUUUUUUAUUUUUUAUUUUAUUUUUUAUAAUUGUAAUCAAUAAGAACAGUCAAAGUAGAGAUUGUAGUAUAAAUCAUGGCAUUAAGUAAAAAGAAUCCGAGUCAAUAUUUUCACUUGCAUAGUACGUCACAUGAAGACAUGAUCAUACCCCUAUUAAUAAAAAUCUCUCCUAUUAAUCAUAUUAAUUUAGGACCAUAAAUGAUAUCAAGGUUAUAUUUAAACAAAUUUUCCAAUCUAAUCUUAAAAUUAGACAAAGAAGAAUUAGGAACCACACAUGCUAUUAGUUACAAUAUAUCCAAUGACUCACUCUUUCUCUCUUUCUUCCACCCUGUAUCAUAAUUUAAUAGUUAUUGUUGUUUUUUGUUUGUUAAUAUUUUUCCAUUUUCAAUUGAUUGCCCUCAUUCUAUUUACAAUUCUCCCAGGCUCCAACAUCUUCUUUCUUCCUCUUGCUCCAUUAUUGACUUUUCCUGCGAUCAUUGUUGAUGUCGCAGGGCGUCAAUAAUGCAAGAGGUAGACCAUUGCCUAAGUUUGGAGAAUGGGAUGUAAAUAAUCCUGCAUCUGCUGAAGGUUUCACAGUCAUCUUCAAUAAAGCUAGAGAUCAAAAGAAAUCUAAUGGCACUGCUGUUGGUGGCUUAAAAGGUGCUCAAAGAUUUAGUCAAAAUAUUAAUCAUGUUAAUAACAACCAACAUAAGCAAGAUCAAGAAUGUGCAUAAGAAUAAAAGAGAUUAGAGGGAGUAUUUAUCAGUAACUAUUAAUUAUUUUGUCUUAACUCGUUUGUUAAAUUAGUUAUGUGUCGGUGUGUAUUAUUUAUAGCUACUUAGAGAUAUUAU